AUGGCUUCCAAGUCUGUUCCCGCCGUUGCGGCGAGGAGGAUACACGCCACGGCGCAGCACCUCAACGCUGCCCUCGCCUCGACAGCCGAGUCGUACCCCAACACCCACGAGAAGAUCGCGAAGCCCGAAGAUACCCCCUACUUCAUUGACAACCAGUUUGUGACGUCCAAGGCCACCGACUUCAUCGACCUGCAUGACCCCGCUACCAACAACCUCGUCACCCGCGUCCCGCAGAUGACCACCGAGGAGCUCCAGGGCGCCGUUGCGUCUGCCGAGGCGGCGUUUCCCAAGUGGCGCGCCAUGAGCGUUCUCGCCCGCCAGCAGAUCAUGUUCAAGUUUGUUGCGCUCAUCCGUGAGAACUGGGACCGUCUCGCGGCGAGCAUCACCCUCGAGCAGGGCAAGACCUUUGCCGACGCCAGGGGUGACGUUCUUCGUGGCCUGCAGGUCGCCGAGGCUGCCUGCGGUGCCCCGGAGCUCCUCAAGGGUGAGGUCUUGGAGGUUGCCAAGGACAUGGAGACGAGAAGCUACCGCGAGCCAUUGGGUGUCGUGGCUGCCAUUUGCCCCUUUAACUUCCCCGCCAUGAUUCCGCUUUGGUGCAUCCCCAUCGCCACCGUUACCGGCAACACCCUGAUCCUCAAGCCUUCCGAGCGCGACCCCGGUGCGGCCAUGAUCCUCGCCGAGCUUUGCCAGAAGGCAGGUUUCCCCGAGGGCGUUGUCAACGUCGUCCACGGUGCCCACAAGACGGUGGACUUCAUCCUCGAGGACCCCACUAUUAAGGCUGUCAGCUUCGUCGGUGGUAACAAGGCCGGCGAGUACAUCUUCAACAAGGGUUCCGCCCAUGGCAAGCGUGUCCAGGCCAACCUGGGUGCCAAGAACCACGCCGCCGUCCUCCCCGACUGCAACAAGAACCAGUUCCUCAACGCCGUCGUCGGCGCUGCCUUUGGUGCCGCCGGCCAACGCUGCAUGGCCCUCAGCACCCUCGUUAUGGUUGGCGAGACCAAGGAGUGGCUUCCCGAGCUGGCCGAGAUGGCCAAGAAGCUCAGCGUCAACGGUGGCUUCGAGGAGGGUGCCGAUCUCGGCCCUGUCAUCUCCCCCCAGAGCAAGCAGCGCAUUGAGGGCCUGAUCCAGAGCGCCGAGGAUGAGGGUGCCACUAUCCUGCUUGACGGCCGUGGCUUCAAGCCCGCAAAGUACCCCAACGGCAACUGGGUUGCUCCUACUAUUAUCUCCAACGUCACUCCUAACAUGAAGUGCUACACCGAGGAGAUCUUCGGACCCGUCUUGGUCUGCCUCAACGUCGAGACCCUCGACGAUGCCAUUGCUCUGAUCAACAAGAACGAGUACGGCAACGGCACCGCCAUCUUCACCCGCUCCGGUGCUACUGGCGAGACCUUCCGCCGCAACAUCGAGGCUGGCCAGAUUGGUAUCAACGUGCCUAUCCCCGUCCCUCUGCCCAUGUUCUCUUUCACCGGUAACAAGAAGUCUAUCGCCGGCGGCGGUGCCAACACCUUCUACGGAAAGCCCGGCAUCAACUUCUACACUCAGCAGAAGACCGUCACCGCUCUGUGGUCCAGCGCCGACGCUGUGUCGCAGAAGGCCGACGUCUCCAUGCCCACCCAAUCGUAA